UGUUCUCGCUGGAGAAUGGAACUUCCGCUUUGGACUGAGAACAGGAGGCUCCCAGCUGCCUGUCCCACUGCUGCCCAGCCCAGCGGCAUCAGAGGACGCCAGGUUCCCAGGAAGCAGCUGAGCAGGACCAUGAUGAAGACCCCGUGGGGCAGCGUCCCAGUGCUGCUGCCGCUGGUGCUCCUGAGUCUGCUCCACGUCUCCCGGGCCCAGAGUGGCUGCAUUGGGCACCCAGCCAUCCCUGGCAUCCCGGGCAUCCCCGGGGCACCGGGCUCCGACGGCAAACCAGGGACUCCAGGGAUAAAGGGAGAGAAAGGGCUGCCGGGGCUAGCUGGAGACCACGGUGAGCUUGGAGAGAAGGGGGACCCAGGGUUUCCUGGGAUUCCAGGAAAAGUCGGCCCCAAGGGCCCCGUUGGCCCCAAAGGUGCCCCAGGGCCUCCCGGAGCCCAUGGUCCCAAGGGCGACUCAGGAGACUACAAGGCCACGCAGAAAAUCGCCUUCUCAGCCACACGCACCAUCAACAGCCCCCUGAGGCGGGACCAGGUCAUCCGCUUCGACCACGUGAUCACCAACACCAACAACAACUACGAGUAUCGAAACGGCAAGUUCACGUGCAGGGUGCCUGGCCUCUACUACUUCACCUACCAUGCCAGCUCUCGAGGGAACCUGUGCGUAAACCUCAUGCGGGGCCGGGAGGAGACACAGAAGGUGCUCACCUUCUGCGACUAUGUCUACAACACCUUCCAGGUCACCAUGGGCAGCGUCGUGCUCAAGCUGGGGCUGGGGGAGACCGUCUUCCUGCAGGCCACCGACAAGAAUGCCCUGGUAGGCAUCGAUGGGGCCAACAGCAUUUUCACCGGGUUCCUGCUCUUCCCAGAUGCAGAGGUGUGACCUGUGGGUCCAAUUCACCCCCUCCCCUGCCAGCCACGCUCUCUUUACCCCCAACACCAGCCCCCACCUGGCCAAAACACACAGUAGGGCUCCACGGAUAUUGCUGAAUGAAUGAGUAAAUAAACUUUUCAAGGCCAAGG